AUGACACUAAAACAAUUAACUUUUCGUUUAAAAAAAAAGUCUGCUGGCAGAAAUUCAUCAGGGCGUAUUACCGUUUUUCAUCGAGGAGGUGGAUCAAAGCGAUUGCAUCGAAAAAUUGAUUUUCAACGGAACACUUCGUCUAUUGGCCUUGUACAAAGAAUCGACUAUGAUCCUAAUCGUUCUUCUUGGAUUGCUUUAGUACGAUGGCUUGAAGCAAUGAAACAACCAAAGGCAGCCAAUAGUCAAACAGAAGAAAAAGCCAAGCGUUUUCUUGGUCGAAGAGAACAAAAUCUUUUUUUUUUUGGCCUCUUAUUUUCGUUUUCUUCCCUGUCCAGGAAAGCCCAGAGAAGAAAUUACGUUUUUUUCUCUGCCCUUUUUUCCCUAAAGGCAAAGAGAGAGGCUGCAAUUUUAGGCCCUUUCGGUAGCUUUCUUGAUUUACCUAGGAUAGCUUUAGCCGGGGCAAAGCCCACUUUCUUUGCUUCCCGAAUGAAAGACUUCGGGGAACAUAAUACGUUUUCUAGAAGUGAAGGCGGAAAGUGGAAAACGCAUAGCGGGGUGCAAAGAAUCGAACGCAAAGCGCUUUCUUGGAGAAGCAAUAUAUUUUUUUCUUUUAAACCUAAGCAUAGCGAAGAAGGACCGAUGGUUGGAGCGGGCAAAGUAGAUCGUGCACCUUUCACUUAUAUAUUAGCUAGUGAUCAGUUAGAAGCUGGCAAGACGGUAAUGAAUUGUGAUUGGUCUAAACCUUCGACUUCGUUCGACCAACAUCAAUCUUCCCAUAAUUUGCUAGCCCAUAACGACCUUCGGUUCCAAAACCACUUUGUUCACACAACAAAUGAAGGCCAAAGGUCCCUUAGGGUGGAAGAGCCCACGCGGCGUAGUCAGGCUGCUUCUGGGCUACGCCCGGGGGGGAACUACGCUUCAAGUGAGAAUAAAAACAUACUUGAUUCAUAUUAUCAAAUGGUAGGAAAUUGCGUAUCAUUGGCUAAUAUACCCAUAGGCACAUGGGUACAUAAUAUUGAAUGGAAUCCAGGUCAAGGCGCAAAGUUGAUUCGAGCUGCAGGGACCUUUGCUCAAAUAAUUAAGAAAUUCGAAAAUACACCACAAUGUAUCGUGCGAUUACCUUCGGGUGUUGACAAACUCAUAGAUUCCCGAUGCCGAGCUACUGUCGGUAUAGUGUCCAAUCUUCAUCAUGGUAAACGUAAGCUUGACAAAGCGGGACAAAGCCGAUGGUUAGGCAGACGUCCCAUUGUUCGGGGUGUUGCUAUGAAUCCGGUGGAUCAUCCUCAUGGAGGAGGCGAAGGACGCACGAAAGGAGGUAGACCUUCGGUAUCACCUUGGGGAAAGCCCGCCAAAGGUGGAUUUAAAACAGUAGUAAGAAAACGCAGAAAUUAG